CAGCCAACUUAACUAUAAAUCGUCCGAACGACUGAAUUGACUUGUCAUUCCCGGUUAUAACUAUAUUCUGUUAGCAAUUUUGUAAAUUAAUAUAAAUAGAAUUACACAAGUCUAAAAGAUGGAGACAAUUUUGGGAAUACGUGGGGAAGAUUUUGCCAUUGUUGCUGCGGAAACAACUCAAGCUCGAUCUAUAGUUGUUAUGAAGGAAGAUGAAAAUAAAAUCCAUAAGAUAAACAACAGUCUUGUAUUUGCGACAAUGGGAGAAUCUGGUGAUACUGUUCAGUUUACGGAAUUCAUUUCCAAAAACAUUGCGCUGUACAAAAUGCGAAACAACUACGAGUUGUCACCCAAGGAAGCUGCCCACUUUACUCGAAAGAAUCUUGCGGAUUACUUGCGUAGCAGAACACCAUAUCAAGUCAAUAUGAUGAUAGCGGGCUAUGAUGAACAAACCAAAAAAUCGGCGUUGUACUUCAUCGAUUAUUUAGCUAAUUCCGUUGAAGUAAAAUACAGUGGCCAAGGCUACGGAGCAAUGUUUUGCCAAAGUAUUUUUGACAGAGAGUAUAAAAAUGGCUUAAACAAAGAUGAAGCCUAUACAAUUUUGGAACAUUGUGUUAAGGAAAUACAAAAACGUCUUGUUAUAAAUCAGAAAAAUUUCAAGGUCGCUAUUGUAAAUAAAGAUGGUUUCAAGUGGAUGCCCGACAUUAACGCCAAAAAUAUUUGUAACUAACUAUAAAAGUACUAAUUUUCAAUAUAAAUAAUUUGAAUAAAACCAUCCAAACGUUGUGGUUUUGAACAAAUAAUUUCUAUAUGCUUGAGGUUUUUUAUGAUAAUUGGAAAUUUUUAUUUAAAAAUAAAUAUAUGGACUUGGCUAAAUGCA